AUGGCAACAUUUGGGCAAUCCUCCAGCGCAAAAGCUGAUAAUGCUACUGCCAAGGACCACACUGUCUAUGCGAAUGGGAAAUCGCACGAUACCUUUAUUGGCCUUAGUGGUUCGCGCCUCAACAUCAUGAUUGCCGUGACCGCUGGUGUCGGUUUUACAUUGUUUGGUUAUGACCAGGGUGUCAUGGGAAGUCUGUUGACUCUUCCCUCGUUUCUUCAGCAGUUUCCUACAAUGAAUGGCGCUACCCACCCAACUCUACAGGGUGCUACUGUGGGUAUCUAUGAGAUUGGUUGCUUUGCUGGUGCUGUAUCCUGUCUGAUUUGGGGCAAUGCUUUUGGUCGUCGUGCUAUGAUUUGGAUCGGCAGUAUUUUCAUGGCGGUUGGUACUAUUAUCCAAUGCAUUGGUGAACAUGUGGCUAUGCUAUGGGUUGGCCGUAUCAUUACCGGCAUUGGAAAUGGUCAGCACACAUCUACGAUUCCUGUGUGGCAGUCGGAGUGUUCGCCGCCGCACCGUCGUGGUAUGCUUAUUAUGAUUGAAGGUUCCCUGAUCGCGCUUGGCAUUAUGAUUUCGUACUGGGUCGACUUUGCACUUUUCUGGGCCGACAGUGCGAAAGGCUUUUCGCCACUGCAGGAGGGUUAUGUCAAGGCGACUAGUAUCGACACAGUAUCAUGGCGUUUCCCUAUUGCUUUCCAGUUGCUGCUGAUUCUUCCCACCUUCCUUACUAUUUGGAUGCCAGAAAGUCCUCGGUGGCUUUUGCUUCGCGGUCGUGAGGAGGAUGCCCGCAAGGUUCUUUCGGCUUUGCAUGAGCGUCCUCGUCAUGAUCCGAUUAUCGACACGCUUGUGGACGAGAUUAACGAGGGUCUUGCUCUUUCGAAGGAUGUGCGCUUCCGUGAUCUGCUGAAGCAAGGAAAGAGCCACAACUUCCAUCGCACGGUUCUUGGUUUCGUGGUUCAAAUGUUCCAGCAGAUUACAGGCAUCAACCUAAUUACCUAUUAUGCUGGUACAAUUUUCCAGAACAAUAUGGGCAUGACGGAUGUAACCGCACGUAUCCUUGCUGCUUGCAACGGUACCGAGUAUUUCUUGGCUUCUUUGGUGGCUAUUUUCACCAUUGAGAAGUUUGGUCGUCGAAAGCUGAUGAUUUUCGGUGCGCUGGGUCAAGCCUUUACUAUGGCUGUUCUUACUGGUCUUUUGAGCCGCACAGCCUUGCAAUGGGAUCCCAAGCCCAUUGAUGAAGAAAUGUGCAGUUUUUACCGACAGGGUCGUAUCAAUGAAAGCAUCUGGUGUGAGCAAGUGCCAGGCAAAGCCCGCCGUGAUGGCUAUGCGGUGGGUGGCGUUGUAAUGCUUUUCGUUUUCAACACGUUCUUUGCGAUUGGUUGGCUGGGUAUGACUUGGCUCUACCCGGCAGAGUGCACGCCGUUGAGUAUUCGUGCGCAGGCGAACGGUAUCUCGACGAGUGCGAACUGGCUAUUUAACUUUUUGGUGGUGAUGAUUACACCUAUUGCGUUCGCUAAUAUCAACAACUAUACCUACCUCAUUUUCUGUGUCAUCAAUCUUCUUAUGGCUCCCGCGUCAUGGUGGAUUUUCCCAGAGACGGCGGGCCGAAGUCUCGAAGAGAUGGACGAGAUUUUCGCACGAUCUAGUGUGUGGAACCCAUACGAUGUCGUGCGCAUCGAGAAGACAUUCCCGCGUCGUUACGACCAACAUGGCCAUUUGAAGCUGGAAUACAUCGAAGAGCACCAGCACUUCCAUGGUGUUGAUACGUCUUUAAAGCCAGCUCCAUCGCCAGAAAAUAUCUAA